AUGGCGAAGAAGAGAGCUAUCGAAGAAGUAGAAGCUUCGACGACCGACAAUGGAGUGCAAAAAACGAAGAAGAAGAAGACCAAAAAGGUAUAAAACAGUCAAAAUGUUGUGUUUUCAUGUUUCCAGUUGUUGUAUUGAAUUCGUUAACCCUCUUUUCUAGGGAAAAUGGACAAAUAAACAGCGCGUCCUUGUGUUCUGCUCACGUGGUAUUUCACACAGGUAUGAUUUUGAAAGACGGAAUUACAUCCAGAUAAAACCAAUAAACUAACGGAAAUAGUUGUUUUCUUAUUCUCCAACCAUAAAGUUGGUAACAAAACAAAUGAUGUUAGGAUCAAUCGCUGUAUAUCAUUUGAUGGUUUACUUUAUGACUUCAGUCACAGGCGGCCUAAUUAAAGCUCAAGCUUUGAGUCACUGGUAUAAUAAAAAUACAUUAGUGUAUUACUUGACUCUUACAGACUUUUAUAUUUUGGCCAAGAUCACUAUUCCAAUGACUCACAGCUCUAGCGUGGGCUGCCUGUUCUUCAGUUCACUUGAGCUUAACAAUAGACCAUUUUACAGUGGUGGGUUUAGUAUCCGUAGCCUUGGAGUGAACAUGAGGCAGAGGUUGACCUUGUCUUGAUACAAACCUCUUUCCUUUUGUUACGGAAAUUAAGCUUAAAAAUACAUCGUCAUAGUUAGUAUAAGAAAAACAUUAUUUACGUAAUAAAGCAGGAAGGAUUGUAUCAAAACAAGGUCAACUCCAGCCUCGUUUUCACCUGUAACUGUAAAAUGUGCUAUUGUUACCAAACUGAUGUUGAUAGUAACAAAGAGAGCUCAAGUUGUGGGUCCAAUACACCUCAAAAAUCCUUUUUUUUUUCAGCGAUGGGUGAUUAGUUGAAGGAGCAAAUGUAACUUAUUAGACAUGUUUUGUUUAUAUUUUUCCAGAGCCAGACACCUUAUGCUUGACAUACAGACUUUGUUGCCACACUCUAAAUCAGGUUUGUAUGAUUUAUUUAAGCAAUAACAAAAAAUAUAGUUCAACAGUCUGACUACAAUAUAAUUUUUAAUCUUUAUUUAAGGUGGCAAAUUAUGUACAUGUAAUGCUUAUGUUAAGUUAUUUUCCCUUUUCAUUUUUUUCUAGAAACCAAGCUUGACCGCAAAGACAAACUCUUUGUUGUAAAUGAGGUCUGUAAACAACUUUUGUCCUUGCUUGGUUUUGUGCUAUUUUACAUUGGAUUUUAAACUAAUUUAAAUUUAUUGACUGCAGGUCUGUGAAAUGAAGAACUGUAACAAGUGUGUCUUUUUUGAGAUGAGAAAAGGGCAAGACCUUUUUAUGUGGUAAGUUUUAAAUUAAGUUGCCUUCCCUUUGUUGGUGGAGAAUAGAAUUAAAUGCAUUCUACUGUUUUAACUAAAUUUGCCGUUAUAUUAUUCUUUCAGGUUUUCUUGCACCCCACAUGGUCCAUCUGCAAAGUUUUUAGUUGAAAAUGGUCAGUUGAAAUUAAUUUCUAUUUAAUUUGAUUUAAAAUCCAAUAAUAUUGAAUUUGUUGGAGUUUGAUUGUUCUCUUUUUUUACUUUUCUUUCCAUCUCUAGUACACACAAUGGAUGAACUUAAAUUAACUGGAAACUCAUUAAAAGGAUCAAGACCAAUAUUAUCUUUUGAUCAGGUAUGAGAAACACUUUAAAACCUUUUAAAAGUGACACUGCCUUCUCUGACUCUCCUCUUUUGCUUUCUCUUCUCCUUACUUUUUUCUCUUCCUUUUUUUUCUUUUUCCUUUUUUUUCUCUUUUACUAAACAUUUUCUAGAUUUCAUUUCUGUCAAAAAGGUUUGCAUGAAAUUUUAGUUAAAAGGAAGUAUAGGUGGGUAGCGGAACAAGAUUUUCAUUGGAAAUUCCUGGUCAAAGUUCUCUGGCCUUUUUUUGAGUCAUGCUCAUUUGGGUAUGGUUUGAAAAUCUUUAAUCAACCUAGUUGUCCACAUGGGAUCUUCAAACUCCCAUAUUGAUGGUUACGGGUGCCAGUUGACUAGGUGUGGAUGUUUUAAGAAUCCUGUGGAAUGUUAACUUUAGACUGAACUAUAAUAUAGAUCCAGUGGACUGGAGGCAUGUGUGUCCGAGUGGUUAACACCUCGAACCCCAGAUCUGGAGGUCUGGAGUUCAAGCCUCGCCUGUUGUAUUGUUUCCUUAGACAAGGAACUUUACUCCACUUUGUCUCUCUUCACCCAGGUUUAUAAAUGGGCGCCAGCGAUAUACUGCUUGGGGGUAACCCUGUAAUGGACAAGCAUCCCUUCCAGGGGAGAAUCACAAUACUCAUAGGCAUGCUUCAUGCUAAGGAAACUGGGAUAAGCUCUGGUCGGUCAGGCCUCUCGCUCAUGUGCACAUUUUAUUGUAUAGAUCUAUUAUCUAUAAAAAAUAUAGCAUGGUUUUCUCUUUCUUUACCUGGCAGCACUUUGAUGAAACAGCUCAUAACUCACUUCUAAAAGAAAUGUUUACACAGGUUUGUGCAAUUCUUUGUGAAGGAUUUGGGUGUUUGUUUUGUUUUUGUUUUUGUUUUUUUUUUACUUUAAUCCUAGAGGUCAUGUUUGGACAUCAUUACAUUUCUUAUUGCAGAUUUUUAGCACGCCUUGCUAUCAUCCCAAAAGUAAACCAUUUAUAGAUCACAUUCUGUCGUUCUCAAUAGAAGACAACAGAAUUUGGUUUCGAAAUUUCCAGGUAAAUACACUCUCAUGAAUUAUUUUAAUAUUUUGAUAUGUUAAUUUAUUUUAAUAUGUUAAUUUUUUUUUUCUUGAAGAGUUCAAAGCUUUCAAAGGAAAACAUAGUAUUUUGGUUGUCUGUCCUUUUUCUGUCUUACGUUAUUGACGAACAAACUGUUUUUCAGAUUGUUGAAGAGGAUGGAUCCUUGCUAGAGAUUGGUAUGGUGCUUUAUUCUAUGCUCUCUGAUCACCUGUAUAUUUAUAGAGGUUUUAAAGGGGCUGUGUCAGGGCAGUCCAGUUCAUUUUGUUUAAUUUUGCCAAUUACUCGCCCUCAAUCGCUAUGGAACUUAAAGUAAGCAAAGAAAUUACAUGUAAAUGACAAAAUCAGGGAUCCGAGACAAAAAAAUAUGUCUCCAGUCCUGAGCAUUAUUUUUGAAGUUGCAAGCAGCAGGGAUCAACUUUGAAAAACUGUUAGGCUGAACAGUUUUCAAAAACCCUAAUGUCAAUCCGUUUCAAUCUUCUUCAGUUUUGCCCAUCCGUGGCAUCUGUUGUUUCUGUUAUGUUAUUUUAUUCUUCCUUUAAAGUUUUAAGCGGUUAUUUUUAUGUUUCUCUUAAUUUAACGGGCAUUUUGUGAUUUCCUAAUUUGGCUGAAUUUCGUGACACAGCUCCUUUAACGCUUGUAUUUUUAUCUCUUGACUGGUUAUUACCAUGUUAUUUCAGGACCUCGGUUUGUUUUAAACCUCAUUAGAGUAUUCGAAGGAAGUUUUGGUGGCUCAACAUUGUAUGAAAACCCGCAUUAUCAAUCACCCAAUGAGGUAAGACACGAUACAGACAUGUACUUCCAGGAUAGAUGCAGAUGCAAUAAAGAAUGUUGUUUUAGCUGCAAUCUUGGACAGAAAAAAUCAAGGAUUAAGCCGCGCAAAAGCCAGAAUGCUCCAUUUCCCCAUCCUUGAUUUUUGGGGGGGAGGGGGGGUACAAAUUUUCCACCCAUUUUGUCCAAGAUUGUGGAUAAUCACAGUGAAUGGAAGACAGUGGUUUCUUCCUGUAGUGAGUUAGCCCCCUUCUAGUUAGUGUCGGCGCAAGUUUUGGUUGUCCACGCUCCUGCCGCCGCCAUUUUGGAAAACGAGAGGGCCCUGGGGACGAAGUUGACGAAGUUGUUUUUCGACGCAGGUAUCAAGCGCCGAAAAAUUCCAAAGCGUUGCCUUGUUCGAAAAAAAAUGCGGGAAAAUUCCCUCUAUGUUGACUUUACAUGUUAAUUUAGCCUGCGUGGCAGGCGUUUGAAAGGGAAGGGAAAGGGAGUUUUAGGCGCGAGAGAAACGCGAGGGCCGCGCGGAGGGAGGGAAGGAAACGCCUGCCGGGAGACCAUUGUAUUUCUCGUUUUUAACAUCCACCAGGCGAAUGUUAAAAUCCAGAUUGGUCAGACUUCAAAACAUGUCAAUCACAGCCUUCAUACCUUAAUCCGAUUGGCUGAAAUCAAUAUCACGCUAUUGAGUAGCUAAAUCGAUCUUUCAGUAAUCAUUUAAAAAUAUCUUCUUGGUGAAGCGGUGAUGAGAUGUCUGUACGGAAUUUAUCGUUAGAAGUAGAAACUGAAGGCAUCAAUUUCAGCUUGAAAUGGAGAAUAAAAGAAGACAGUUAAAAGAACCGUAUGGAGGAAAAAGUCUGUCAGCUAGAUGAGUUUUACUGACUGGUUUUGAGAAGUCUCAUCUCCCAACGGCUUGUUUUACUCACUAUAGAAGAAAGAAAGGAAAUAUCAUGCUGUCUGUGUGUUUUUUAUGUGCUGUUUGACCUCAAACGCCUACCACGCAGGCUACGCUUUAUCAACGACCAGAUUGUUGAAAACGAUUUUUGGUCUUGUUGGUUAAAGACGUUAUAAAGCCGCCAGGAACUUACUUUAAUAACUGAUUGCAACUUUCUUGUAGAUCUUCGAAGUUCAGCUCUCCUUUCCCCGCUACCAGCGUUCUGUUGUAUGCUCCGCUGGAUCCAGUUCGAGAGCCAGCAAAGUGUUUUACAGUCAAAACAGGUCAAGCGUACCCCCCAAGAUUCUAUUAAUGAAUUGAUUAUUUGUAAAAUGAAUCCGUUAGUCGUUCCCGUAACUGGUGUCAAAUUCAAAUCGGAAUUACUGCAUGCGUAAUGAGCAGUGAAUAAUUUACGAGAACUUGUCUGUAUUUGGUCAGAUUGAAAAUCUUUGAAUGAAUUNAAUGAGCAGUGAAUAAUUUACGAGAACUUGUCUGUAUUUGGUCAGAUUGAAAAUCUUUGAAUGAAUUAAAAUUCUUAGAAGACAUUUACAUCAAAUUCAGGGAAACUGAGCUGGUAGAAAUUUCGUAACUGAAACGCGUGUGAAUUCACGGCUCAUCACGCAUGCAAGAAUGUAAAGAUGAAUCUGAAAUCUACAACUGCCAACGGACUCAACUUUCGAAUAAGAAAUUUAUUAGUGGGAUUUUGGGGGGUAAGCUUGACAUGGCUUGACUGUAAGUUUUUCUCAGACAAACAUUGCAUGCAAGUUGCGACGUCCGGCACGUUUCCUUCAGCAAACGACGUAAAUAGAUUUAUGCUGGAUUUUAUACAACAAGAUACGCAUCGUUGCAACUUUCUUUUUUCAACGGACGACCGCAUUUGAACUUUUUUUAUAGAACGUACCUACACUUCAGAUAUCUUGUUCUAGAAAAACAAAAGCUAAAAAUAAGUGUAUCGCGGCCAGACUUAUUUGACAGCUAGUCAUUCACAGUGGCGUUAUUUUUGCAUACAUAAUUAGUAGGCGGGAUGGCGAAAACAAUGGUUUCCUGGCAGACGUAUCCUUCCCUCCCUCCUCGCGCGCCCCGGCCCUCGCGUUUAUCUCGCGCCUAAAACUCCCUUUCCUUUCCCCUCCAAACGCCUGCCACGCAGGCUAAUGUUAAUUGAAAAGUGUCCUUGCACAUCCACGUUUUUCUUAGAAUGGGGGUCUCUAUAACUCGCCUUUCUUUCUUCCCCGUGGAGUUGACCUACUUCUUCUUUCUUAGUAUCGUCGGAUGAUUCGUAAGCAAGCUGCCCAGCGGUAUCGUGAUCGCGUGGAGUCGAGGCAAGCUCUUGAGGAUCGCCGGGAAGCCAACAAAAAUAUUCCUAAUGACAUUUAUGACGUCGAUAACGUGUUUCAUACGAUCACCCAAUCAGACAUUGAUAUUGCCAAGGCAAGAGAGCGUGCCAAGAAAAUGUAG